AUGAAUCCGAAACUAUCAUUGUCUUCAACUGCCACAAUGAACAAUGGACAUAAAAUCCCAUUACUAGCAAUAGGAAUGGGUGGAAUGGGUCAAGGUCAUAGCACUCCCAAAGGUAAGACUGCUCAAGAUAUCGUCUUAUGGGCCCUGGAAUCCGGAUACAGACACAUUGAUACUGCAACUCUAUAUCAAAAUGAAGAGGAUAUUGGAAUUGAUCAACUUUAUGAAUCAACUCUUAAAUCUGUCGAAACUUCUUUAUCGAAAUUUCAAACAUCUUAUCUCGACUUGGUGCUAGUACAUAGCCCCAAACCUGGUACUCAAAACCGUCUUGAAUGUUAUAAAGCUUUACAAGAAUUAGUUAGGCAAGAAAAAAUUAAAAGUAUUGGAGUCUCAAAUUAUCGUGUAAACCAUUUAAAGGAGUUGAUGGAUACUAAUCCCGAAAUUAUACCCACCGUUAAUCAAAUUGAGGUUCAUCCUUGGCAUACUAGAAAAGAAAUUGUAUCAUAUUGUAUUGAACAUAAUAUUAUCAUAGAAGCAUUUUCUCCACUUACAAGAGGAAAAAAAUUUAAUGAUCCUACUCUCAUUGAAAUUACUAAGAAAUAUAAUAAAUCCCCUGCUCAAAUUCUAAUUCGUUGGGGCCUUCAAAACAAUUUUAUUGUUUUGCCAAAAAGUAUGAAUAAAGAACAUAUAGUUAAUAAUACAAAUGUUUAUGAUUUUGAGAUUGAACAAGAAGAUAUGGAAACUCUUGGAAAUUUGGAUGAAUCUUUUAUUACUACUGGAAAAGACGCAAGCAAUUGGGAUUAA